AAUCAGAACGACUGUAAGAUCUCACAGAAGCAGUUGUCGAGAGCAAAGCCUCAACCAUGCCAGCUAAAGCUCCCAUAAAAAAAUCCCCAGCAGCACAGGCUGCGACUAGCAAACCACAAGUAACUCCAGUGUCUGAACCUCCUGCACCGGUCCAAGAAGCCCCUGCCCCUGCCCCAGAGGUCCCAGCUCCUGUCCCCGAAGUUCCUGCUCCAACCCCUGAGGUCCCUGCUUCUGUCCAGGAGGAUGCUGCUCUUGCUCCAAAGACACCUGCGCCAACAACAGAGACAGUUGCCCCAGUGGUAGAAGCAGAAAUUGUAAGCCCUGAACCCCAACCAGAAGCCCCUAAAAAAGAACCUCCUAGUGCUCCUAAAGAUUUGGUAGUAGAUGAUGUUAAUGACUCUUCACUGUCACUGAAAUGGAAGGCUCCCGAGAGUGAAGGAUCGGCUGCUCUGGAUGGAUACCUACUGGAAUACCAAAAAGAAGGCAGUGAAGAAUGGAUUCAGGUGAACAAAGAGCCAAGUGUUUCUACCCGUUACCAAAUUACAAACCUGACCGCUGGUGAUAAGAUAUUGGUCCGUGUUAAAGCUAGUAGCGAGGCCGGAAGCAGUCCUCAUGUUUCUUUAGAAAACUUUGUGCAGAUUCGUGAAAUUGUGGAUCGCCCCAAAAUUCGUCUUCCAAGAUACCUUCGCCAAACAUAUAUCAAGCAAGUUGGAGAAGCAGUAAAUCUGGUGAUUCCAUUUCAGGGGAAACCAAAGCCUCAAGUAACCUGGUCCAAAAAUGGACAGCCACUGGAUCCCAAGUCUGCAAGCGUCAGGAAUGGCGAAACUGACACUAUUCUUUUCAUUCGCAAAGCUGAGCGCAAGGAUUCUGGGACAUACGAGCUGGUCGUAAAAAUAGACACAUUGGAAGACAAAGCCAAGAUUGACAUAAAAAUUGCUGAAUGUCCUAGUCCUCCAAAAAGCAUUAAACUGCUGGAUGUGUGGGGUUUUAAUGCUGCCCUUGAGUGGACACCACCACUGGAUGAUGGCAAUGCUGAAAUUAAAGGAUAUACUGUACAGAAGUCUGAUAAGAAAACUGGGGAAUGGUUUACUGUUCUUGAACAUUACCGCCAGACUAAUUGUACCGUAUCAGACCUGAUCAUGGGUAAUUCUUAUUAUUUCCGAGUGUUUGCAGAAAACUUGUGUGGUCUAAGCGAGAAAGCUGCAGUGACUAAAGAUUGUGCUGUUAUUAAGAAAACAGGAGUUACUUAUACUCCUCCUCAAUAUAAGCAACGUGAGAUUGAAGAGCCCCCCAAAUUUACCCAAGUGCUCAAUAAUAGAACAACCACCAAUGGCUAUAGCACUAAGUUGUUUUGUUGUGUGCGCGGCAGUCCAAGGCCAAAAAUUGUGUGGAUGAAAAAUCAGAUGGAAAUCGGGGAAGACCCUAAAUACCGAUGCCUUGUAAACCAUGGAGUGUGCUCUCUUGAAAUCCGCAAACCCUGUCCCUUUGAUGGUGGGGUGUACACCUGCAAAGCCAUCAACUCAUUGGGAGAAGCAUCUGUAGAUUGCCGACUUGAUGUAAAAGUGCCACAGUAGAAUAUCAUGAUAUUAUUUUGCUGUGAUCACUGAGUGCCGCUCCUUAUACCUCGAAAUCAAGAAAUACAUUUGAAUAUGCCAAUAACUAAUAGCACAAUAAGUCAAUGAAUGGAGUUUUCCUACAACAGCGAGUCAUCAAUAUGGUGUCUAUAUCUUGUCACACGCUCAAAAUAUAUGUUUGUGUAAACACCAUAGUUAAAAUGCAUUUAUUGCAUGUUAAAACAUAGAUGACUAACCAUGGAAUAUGUACAAAGACAAUUAGUUAAAUAAACCAAUAAAUACAUUAUAGUUACAUUUGAUCUUCUAAA